CAUACGUCAUGUUUCGUUUCGUUACAUGACUUUGCACUCUGCUGAUGAAACCGUGUGAAAUAAUCGUUUAAACUGACGUGUACAAAAUGACAGAUAAACACAGCUGACCGAAAGUUUUCUUAGGCUGCAUUGUGGUUUAUUCGAGGAUUGAUUGAGUCGAAACUGGCGGAGAACGAGAGAACGAUUUCACCCAGGAGCAACAGGAGCAAAACCCGGAAGCCCUCAGUAGGCUAACUUGUGUCCAGCCUUCCCUUACAAGAUGAUGCGGAACCGACAGCGCGGCGCCAACCUGGGCCUGGUGCUGCUGGCCUCCCAGAUCUUCCAGGUGGGCGUGGACAACAUCCCGCCCGUCACGCUGGCCACGUUGGGCCUGAACGUGUACCUCUUCCUGUUCCCCGCCGCACCGUUACUGAAAGCGUGCGUGAGCGUCCAGGAGGCCUACUGGGGCGGAGACUGGCGCCGGCUGCUGCUGUCCCCUUUCCACCACGUGGACGACUGGCACCUGUACUACAACAUGCUCUCGCUCAUCUGGAAGGGCAAGAGUCUGGAGCGACGCCUGGGCGGGCCCUGGUUUGCCUACCUGCUCGGCGUCUUCUCCCUGCUCACCGGAUUGGUCUAUCUGCUGCUGGAGGCAGGGUUAGCGGAACUGACGGAUGACUGGUCCUACAGGAAGCAGUGUGCUGUGGGAUUCUCAGGUGUGCUGUUUGGGCUAAAAGUGUUGAACAACCAUUACAAUCCUGGAGACGUCACGCACGUCUUGGGCUUCCCUGUGGCCAACCGCUACUCCUGCUGGGUAGAGCUGGUCGCCAUACACAUUAUAGCACCUGGGACCUCUUUUGUGGGACACCUGGCAGGUAUUCUGGUAGGGCUGCUGUAUACCAUGGGGCCACUCAAGAAGGCCAUGACAACAUGUGCAGGGUUGGUGCCUGCAGGGGGAUUCUCCCAACCAGCUACACACUAUAACUCCUCAGGAGUGAGUGGACGGCGAAACUAUCGUGCAUAUGACUCUACUUACCCUCCUCGUGCAUCUACUUACCGGAACCCCUAUCCCCCACAGAAUCAUUCAUACACUAGUAGUGCAUACCCCCCAAACACACACACUUACACUCACACUGAAGCGUACCCCCAAAACACGCCCAGUGACCUUAACACACACUCCCCAAGUGCACCUCCCUAUGAAGCGGAUCCCUACACAGCAGGCAUGUCUGAGGAGGAGCAAUAUCAGGCAGCAAUCACGGCCAGCCUUAACGACAGGGGGGUCUCUGCUCCAUCCAGACCGGGGUACGGCUUCCAAAUCCCCCCUGAUCCCACCUCCGAGGAGAUCCGCAGGCGUCGUCUACAACGAUUUGCCAAUUGACCACUUUGAUGGAAAGCAGCCACAGAACUCUUAGGGGCAGUCUGCUGAACAGACUGGAAAGGAUAUCUAUCACCAGUGAAGCAGGGCUGUCUGCAUCCCAAUGCGGGAUAAUAAAAGCACCAAUGACUGGUGGGCCUGCUGUCUGCGAUGGGAGAGAUUACCUGUUUACAUGCUCUUGGUUUACUUCUGUAUGUAAUUUCCAUGAGACGUGUGAAGAAGAAUGUCCAGUUUAUGCCUUUCACAUGUCAAAAGAUUGAAAGUACUGUGUUUUGUGUCAGUGAUUGUCUGGUUUGAAUGUGAAUGUUUUUCUUGUUGUUGCUGUUGUUGCUGCUGCCGCCAAGUCUUAAAGUUUUGAAACUAUCAAUUAAUUAACUCGCACCACAAGUUUACCCUCAGGGGAUUUCCACUGCAUACUUUUGUGCACAACUAUCAUCUGCUUAAAAUAGACGGGAAUUUCCUGGUGUGUGACAGUCUGUCCAUGUAUUGGUAUUGUUAUCCAGAAGUGCCAGCACACUGUUGCAUUAGAGUAAGUGGAGGAAAAAGGCCAUGUUGUCCAAGCUGGAUGAUUAAUAGGACUUAAAUUGCAAACGUUGGACAGUGACUGCUAUGCGAGUGUGAUAUGCUGCAAGCCAAGUCAUUAGACUUUGAAUAAUUGAUUUAUAUGCACUACAUUCAUAAUAUGUGUUAUUAUUAUAAAAUAUAUGUAUUUUUUGAAUAAGAUGUACAUAAAUGCAUUUUGCAAAAA